CAUCAAUGUGUACACACUAACACUCUCCUCCUGAAUUAUAACACUUUCCAUUACGUUUAGUAUAUAUAUAUAUAGUGAAUUUUCACAGUUUAUUACCCCCGUGGAGUUUACUUACCAUUGGAUUACUCUGAGACAGCACUGGAGGUUGAUACAAAAUGCUGGUGGAAAACUCUGGAAAUGGCAAUGGUGGAGAGGGAAAAGGGUCUAAUGGUGGAGGUAAUGGUGGUAAAACCAAUGGGGUGACAAAAACAAAUGGAGGUACCAAAAACAGUGUUAGUAGCAAACCCAGCAGCACCACCAAACCCAAUAAUUGCAGUAAGCCUAGCAGCUGCAGUAAACCUAGCAACUGCAGUAGGCCCAGCACGUGUAAUAAAUCUAGCAACUGCAGUAAACCCAGUAGCUGCAGUAAGCCUGCCCCAGCCACACCCCCCAGGAGUACAUCCAGUGGAAUUGACUCUCAGCUGAUGUACACACCACCACAUGUCCUUAUCCGCUCCAUCUCUUCCCUCUCUCAACACUCCCUCAGGCCUUCAACACCCGAACAUGACCAGGAUGAUGGGAUUGUGUCUGUUCCAGCCUUACGCAAAGGUGUCUUGCUCCAGGCUCGAGACCGCCUCUUCUCACGCUGGAAGGAGCGUUAUUUUGUUCUCACCAGAGAUUACCUUGCAUGUUUCAGGAGAGGUUCUACCAAAUAUUCUGAAAUGGGAUCUUUUAUAUUCAAGGUCAACCUAGCCUGUGUUGAGUGUGUAGAGUGGCAGGAUCGUCGUGGUGGUCCUGCUUUAGCGUUAUCUUUACCCCGUGAAGGACGUGUAUUGCUGAGAGCCAAAUCAGGUUUGGAUCAGUGGUACAGACUAUUACUUGAAGCUACUAGUGCCUCACGCCUUCGCCGCAGUGCUCUCCGUCGUGGUACUUCCACUACACACCUGAACAAUACCACUAAUAACAACUUAGAUACCACACCUCCAGCAAAAUCAGGUGGUAUACAGUAUAGUCUAAGUGGGUCAACUCCAGAGAUUACAAGACUUUGUGAUGCAGUCUGUGAUGACUCUCCUGGUGGUAGCAGUGCUCGGGUUCUUACUCGACACCAUCGAUUUUCCCUUCUUGCUGAUAUGGACCUUGGCUCUAUUGACACAGAUGUAGCUACUCCACCCUCCUCAGUAACCUCUUCAAACAAAUUUAGUACAUCAACUUCAACUUCUAAUACUUCAGGGUCAGGUGGAUCUUCAUCAUUGGCCUCUUCACCUUCACUUCGAGGCUCUUGUGCUUGGCCCCGUCCAUCAUCUCCUCUGCGUCCUGUUUUGGGUGAUGCUCCGAGGUCAAGGCUCUCACUGUAUGAAGGUACCCGUGAAAUGCCAGCCAGUGCAAAGAUGCGACAUUCAGUUUGUCUUGAGCCCAGGGACCAGACUCAGGAUCUUGCUAGAAAACAGAAGAAUAGACAUUCUAUAUGUGUAGAACCUCGUGACUUGGCACGAACUCGAGCAUCACUCUGCCUCGAGCCCCGUAAUCCUUUAUUGGACCUAAUGGAGAGUGUAGAGGCCAUUCCUUCAUUGCUGUCCCCUGAAGGCUCUCGACUUCCAACAUCUACUAGAACAUCACCAUCAAAGAGUGAAGGUGACAGAAGAUCUAGCAGUGAUGUCCCACUCAUGGGAAAUGAAGUUGACACUAGUCCUUGUCCAGGGGCUGCUCCCACCCGUCCACGUGCACAUUCAACCUCACUCACUCCAGAGCGUUCUUUAGGCCCACGUUCACGGUCUAACUUGGGCUUCUUCCGACACUCAGGCCUCUUUAAUCAUUAGGCCUCCAAGGAAAAUAAUUAAAUAAACAUAUUCUGUGUAAGAUUAAUUUAAAGCUUUAUUGUACCUUACAAAAUCUAUAAGUGCUCAUCACACUG